UCCGUGUCCGUGACAAUCUGACAUUUGUUCCGGUGAAGAGCUAGUUUUUGGUGCAAAUCGUGCAUAAUCUUUCUCAAUUAAAAAUUGGGGUCACUAAUUUUGGGUGUGGAAAACUAGGCCUUUUUUUUCUUCAAGAAGAUCUGAAUUAGACGUCCACAAAAACCACAACCACCACUAUGACAACGCCUGCAAAAUUAUACGGCAAAGACUUGAGUGUUUAUGAUGAUAUAGACGUUGAUGAACUGUUGAAUAAGUUGACUGCAGAGGAAAUCAGUGUGCUAGCCAAAGAAGUUGAUCCUGAUGACACAUUCUUACCCCCUUCGCAAAGGAACAGCUACGAAUGCGAGAAGGAUCCAACGGGUCCUUUGAACAGAAAAAAACUGAUAGACCACAUAAAUAAGGAGGCGAUAGAGACUCCAGAUAUACCAGAGAUCAAACCUUACGUCCCUGGAACAGUUCGGGGGAAAAAGUGGAUACCACCACCACCCCCAGUGAGAGAACAAGAAGCUGAGGAACAAAUCGCAGUUGAUUUAGGUGAUGAAUAUGAGCAGGCCCUUUCCACGGCAACACAAGAUGAAAUAAUCGAUUUGGCAGCUAUACUUGGUUUUCAUUCAAUGAUGAACCAAGACCAAUACCACGCAUCGUUACUGAACAAAGGACAACCACUUGGUUUGGGAUGGGACGGCAUCACUAAGGCUUCCAAACAAAAAAUCUACCCCAUGGACCCUCCAAAUAUGACGGAUCCAGAUGAGACAAUAAAGAAAGUUCAGGAUGAUGAGAGUAAAUUCAUAGACCUCAACUGGAACAAUAUUAAGAAUAUAUCCGACGAGAAAUUCGACAGUUUGUUCAAAGCUUUGGGCAGCAACACGCAUCUGGAGACUUUGUCGCUGGCGAACUCCGGCCUGACGGACAAACACGUCGAGAAACUCGCCCAAGCCAUCGAGACCAACGAUACCCUGAAAGUGGUGAACGUUGAAACGAAUUUCAUCUCGCCGUCGGGCAUCGUCAGGCUGAUCAAGGCUCUGUUGAAGAAGAAGAGCGUUGAGGAAUUCAGAGCGACAAAUCAGAGGUCACAAGUGUUGGGUAACAAAAUAGAAAUGGAAAUCACCCAGCUCAUCGAGAAGAAUCCCACAAUACUCAGGUUGGGCUUGCAUUUAGAGUACAACGACGCCCGGCAUCGUAUUGCCUCACACUUACAGAGAAAUAUUGACACAAUUCGAAAAGACUUAACUCUGCGACUGCAAUUCAGGUUCUUUAACCACAGGAAAACACCCCUUAUCAAGUGAAGCAAGAAGACGACGCAUGGGACUGCUACCCAAAAACUAUUUGGUAGGAUAUAUCGCUUAAAGCUGUCCACGCUGUUGCCACAUUUGACCGAGGUUAUCACUUCACUUGAUGGGUUAAGUUGUUCGACUUUAUUUAUGUUUAGUGACUUAACGUAUGUGUCGUUACUAUUAUUAUUUUAGUUGUUUACCUCUUGAAAAAGAAAUAAAAAAAAGUUUAUUCGUAAUGUUAAGUGCAAUAGGCUGUCAAAGAUUCCCUUCGAGGACUUCUGAACGAGCUAGUUUGUAUAUUUCUGACUACUGAGACUACAAAAAUUUUUGUUUGUUCAGAAAUUUUGAAUUGAAUCGUUCCGAUGUCUCUUUGGGAAAACCAUUCAAGUUUGUACAUAGUUUAUCACUGCCAAAUCGCCCGGUAAUUCAUAAACUAUUAACUUGUUGGAAUAUGUGAUAAACUUUCGAAAUUAUAUCAGUGGAUUUCUAAAUGAAGCUCAUUUUUGAGGUGAACUGCAAAUACAUCGACCGGAUGGGUAGGAGUAGAAAUUUUGGGAAAACUUGUUGUGGAGAUGAAGCUUGUUGAAACUACGCUGAAUUUUUGAAUGAUUGGCACAAAGUUCUUUGAAUAUUUUGACUUAAUAUUUUUACUGCCUAAAUACUUCUCCUCCACCGUAAAUACUUUUUUUAGCCGUCAUGUGUAUGACUGGUCUCAGGUUAGAUUAGGAAACUUUUGAUAAAGACAUUUUAUAUUCACCAGAUUUCUCCAUUGUUUCGACAAAUACUGCAUUAUUCAUUGCAUGAAAAAAUCUUUUCUCAACUUGUUUAGCGAACAGACAACUAUUUCUAUGGUGUUACUGAUUCAGCAGGUCUGAAUUCCUCUUCUAUUCAUGGAUUAUUAUUUAACAGAUGGGUCUGGAGAAGUUUUGGUCCACCGAUAUUAUCAUUUUCUCCAUUUGAUAUUGCCAAUUGCUAAUUUCACCUCGUUUGAAAAAUGACUCAAGUUUUCUCAGAAUUCUCUUCAGUAGCCGACAACCUUGUUUUAUCAAAUACAUUAAUAUUUAACAAUAUUUUAGUUAUUUUAGCGAUUGAAAUCAAUUGAUUCAUAUGUAAAUAUUGUUUUGAAUUUGAAUAAAUUAUUGAAUGUCACUUUCUCGCAUUGGUCAUUGUUAAAGAGGUUGAGAUCGUUAGGAAGGCAGCUAUUCUAAUUCCGGGCUGAUAACGACGGCAUUACUGGACCAGCCUUGCCAAAAUAUAUCCAAAAACACUUUAUUGUGAGAUUUUCACUGCUCAGUUUUAUGAAAACGCAAAAUGUGUUUCGCCAUACAAUGGCUUCUUCAGGCGUGUCUUUACUGACGAAGCCAUUGUAUGACGAAACAAGUCUUGCGUUUUUGUAAAACUGUUGAGUGAAAAUCUCACAACAGAGUUUUUUGCAUACGUUAUGGCCGAUUCCAUCGAAUAUCUUGCCAAAAUAUAAACAGAAUGUUGGCGGGGAGAAUUGUCUGCUGAUUCAACCUUGAGCUUUGGAAGAUCUAUAUACACUACAUGGCAUUUUUGUAACAUGACAGGUGGAUUUCAAUGACAUUUAGGUUUUAACAUAUUAUUAUUUGUUAUUAAUUUUAUUUUGUAAAUAUUUUUACUUUGCAGAGGUCCGUCUCUGACCAAAACAAUUUAACAUUAAUUAUUUCUUGAUAGUUCUCUCAAUAAAUCGCUUCUACAAACUGGCUUUUCAAAAUGAGCUGUAGCGAAAUUUGGUAGAGUCUUUGAAUUGAAAUUGUGAUGUGAUGAAAAUUCUACUUUGUACACACGUGAAUUCUGCUCAAAUUUGUCAGUUUGUGGUUGCUCACGCCGAAAAAAUCUAUUUUCUAUCUAUAUUUUCAUUGCAAAUAAAUUAUUAUAGUUUUUUAAUCAUUAUCAACCCUGCAAUUGCCUAGAAUUUGAUUACAACUUUGGUAUUGUAAUUUUCACAAAAUAAAAGUUGAAAUACUG